AUGAGUUAAUUAAUUUCAAAAAUAUUUUUCUAAAAAACUGUGCUUGUAUUAAGAAUUCAGGGUUCAAUAAAUUCUUAAUUGUAAGAAAUAGAUUUAUAAGUAAUAGAGUGAGUAAAAUUUCUCAUCAGUUGGAACAUUAUAAUAAAGGGAGUGUAAUAGCUUUAGGAUUAAUUAUAAAUUCACAAGGAGGUUGUCCAUAUUAAGUUGAAGUGUUGAGCAAGAAAAUCAAAAGCUAUCUAAAUGGCUUGCCUCUUUAUACAUUUGCAACUGAACAAAGUUUAGGCAAUGCCUAUCAAUUGUUGUAAUUGGGGAAUAAAUCUUAUGCUUAAAAUACAUCUAAGAUUGGUUUCACACAAAUGUACAAAAAUAAACUAAAUUUUGCAGAGUUUCUUUAAAAUUAUGGGAUAAAUGUAAAUAUUUGAUUUAUUCAAUUAGACAUUGUAAUAUUAAUCGAGUUAAAUAGUAAAUCACAAUUUUGUUGUAAACUAAUCAAUAAGAGCCAAUACUUUAUAAGACAUGAAUUAUUUAGACCAAUAUUAUGGGUCGAAAACAAAAUAGGUAACAGACUAAUGCUGGACAAAUAGAAAGGAAUUAAUAAAAAUAAAUAAGGAAUAAUUAGAGAAUAAUGUGUUUUUAGGAAAAGAAGCAAAAGACCUUGGAUUAGUAGAUGAAUUAGGCACUUAUGAAAAAGUGCUAAUGCAGCAGUAUCCAAAAGCAAAGAUUAUUCCAAUCAAUACUGAAGGCAAAUUAACAGAGUAUGAGAACUGGUUUAAUUUGUUCAUCAAAAUAUCAUAAUCAAGUAUAGAUAGUUUAUUUAAUUAUAAAGGAGGUUUUUUGGGAUUAGUGUUAUUAUUUGGAGUUAAAGUUAUGGUGAAAUGGGGAUUGAUAAUUUAUGUGUGGAGAUAGUCUGUCAAAUAAAGGAAAUUGAAUAAGCAAUUAGAAUCACAACAACAAUGA